UAGUGGAGUGAAUGCAAUACAUUAUACGAGCAGUGAAUGCAACGACAUAUAAGACUUACGGUAUAUUAUAUGCAUUCGAGUCAAUAGUAUUAGAGUUAACUGUAAUUUAAAUGUAAUAUUCAAACCAAACAUUUGAUUUGUGUUCAAACAAACAGUCACUCAAUGACUGUCCACUCAAUUGACAAAUAAAUAUAAAGUUUUUAACAAAAAUGUUAUCAAAAUUAUUAUUAUUAUUAAGUAAUCGAUUGAUGACUCGUUUGUCAUAAUAAUGAUCACAACUGUGUCUCCCAAAUGACAAUCAGCUGCUAAUCAAAAGUGUUUUUUCAAUUGUUAUUAUUUUUUUCUACAUCUUCUGGUUUUUUGUUAACAACACAUCUGUGUCACAGACGGUCAUCAACACAACACUUGAUUCAUACCAAUACAUCACCUGAAAUGUCAAUCUGAUCUGAAUUAUUGAAAAGACAUUGAACUACACGACUGUUUUGAAUGUCAUUUUGUGUCAAAUGUUUUGUUAUAAUUAUAUAUCAUAUCAUAUAUAUAUCUCAGACUUCUUAACCCAUUUAAAAGAUCAUAAGUUAAGUCUAACCAGUAAUGAACUCUUGUCUGACCAAUGAUAUCAUAAUUUGGAUGUAAAUCUAUUUGGAUGAUUGACGCCAUCAUGACUUCGGCGGACAACAAUGUCAAGAGUGGUGUCAAUCACAACGUAUAUAAAGGUCUUUAUCCGAUACGAGAAGUGAAACAAUAUUAUCGGAGAGAGUUUGUUAACGGAAAACCUCUGUAUAUCUGUUUGUGGGGCGACUGUGACUUCAAGACAUGGAAGUACUCACAACAUAUCGCAAGACAUAUUCAUUUGAAACACAUCGGUAUUAAAGAAUUGAAAUGCGAUGAAAAGGGAUGUGAAAAGACAUUUAAGAGACCGGAAAGUCUGGUUCAGCACCAGAAGAAUCAUUUGUGUGGCUUUGGUAUCGAUUCACUGAAGAUGAAAGACCCGAACAAUGUGUGCGGAGUUAAGAAUAUUAAGAAAUACUACUUCCGAGAGUUGGAUAACGACUACUAUGUAUUUGGAUGCAAAUGGACGGCCUGUGAGUUCGUGACCAAUAACUCGGGUAGUAUUAGAAGACAUGUUCACAAUCAGCAUUUAUGUCCGCAUUCAGUGGCCAACACCAACAAUAGUUCUUCAGAUAAGAGUUUUCUGGAUGAAUCAGUUAAUGAUGAUAGCAUUGAUAACACUAGUUCUCUAAAUGAUGGCAAUAUUAGUGAUGCAGAUGUAGAUCAGCCAAUGGUUGAGAUCAUAGAACUGGAUCCACAAUCAAUUAUACCAAAGAUAGACUACACGAAUGAUGCAAUAAUUGAUGCAAAUGAUGACAACUCUUAUGAUAAUAACGCUAAGCCUAUUGAUAUUGACUCUGAUAUUGAAGCCAACAUCGAUAGUACAACAACUGGUGGUUUAUAUUCUUUGAAGAAUUAUUCAGAUCUCUAUAGAAAAGUCAAAAUCGAUGGCGAAGUGUAUUUCAAAUGCAAUUGCAAUCAGUUUACCACAAAAAGUCAGAUAAGUCUUGUGCGACAUAUUUGGACAGACAUCGGACGCAAUGAGUUUGACUGUAAUGUCAACGAUUGUGACGCAAAGUUUGAUAACGAGUUUAGUCUUUAUAAACACCGAAAAAGUGAUCACAACCAGGAUUCAAAUGGUUUGACCAGUUGUCGCAAUGAUACUACCGGUAAUGGUAAACAUCAACAAAUGCAGAAUUUUCAUAACAGCUAUCACAGUAACUCAUUAGCAGUUAAAGACAUACAUAAAGGUCUUUCCCGAAGUGAUAGUCCCGUAUCACAAAUGAAUGGCAACUCUUUAGGCAAUAUUUAUAACGGAAUGGAAUCAGAUAUGAAAUCUGUAAACAUUAAACUCGAAAAUUUUAGUCGAUAUUUCAUAAAAAGAUUAGUCAAUAAUGAGUUGAUAUAUGAGUGCAAAUGUGGACACCUGUCCACUAAAUCCAUGGCCACACUAACCAAACACAUACUGAACGCCCAUAAAGGCAUUUAUGGUUACACUUGUGAUCAGUGCAGCGCUCAGUUUGAUGACGAGUCAGCUCUUUUUAAACACAAAAAGUUUGAUCACAUCUCCAACUUAUCGAUGGAAACUUCUUUAAUAUCUUCAAAGUCUGAAAAUGACAUUAAAUAUGCAAUUAAUGAUUCAAUUAACAGUUCUUUUGUUAAACAAAAGACACAAAAGUCUGAGCAAUCUAUUAAUGGAUUAAAUUUUAGAGAAUUUUACGAAUCAGUUAUCAGUAAUAAUAAUGAAUGGUUUGUUUGCAAAUAUAAAGACUGUGAACAUACAGAACCACAAGAGACCGAUAUUAUUGAACACUUGAGUCGACACUUAGUGGAUGAACAAAACCAAUGCACAGCUAAAGUUAAAUUGGAGCCAAACUUAAGCUUAUUUUUUAAUGAAAACGAAUUGAAUCUUCCAAACAAUAUUGAGGGAGAGAUCUUACAUAUGAAUACAAAAUCAGAAACAAAUUUACAAAUGAACAAUAAUGUCAACAACAAUGACACAAAUUUGGAUCUGUUAGUCGAAGUACGGGUUGUGGACGGAAAAGACAGGUUCGCCUGUAAGUGGAACGACUGUGGAGUCGAAAGCACUACGAAGAGUGGCAUUUCGCGGCAUAUAUUGAACAAACACUUGAAUCUUAAAGAAACGACUCCUAUUGAGCCGAUAGACAGUUAUAAUGAAUCUAAAUAUUGGGAAAAGCUUUUUAGUUCAAAUAAAAAUUGGUUACAAAUUGGAUCUCAUUCUAAGGAGGCAUCGCUACUGGACUUCCCGCCACCCAUUUUAACUCCUUUUUCUAUUGAGUCAUCUCAAGCGCUAAAUCAGGUCUUUAUGGAUAAUAGCCAGUGGUUGGAAAAGAUGUCAUCAAUGGCAGCAAAGCAAUCAUUUAAAUCUCAUAAUAGUGGCGAUGGUUCGGCAAAUAAUGGAUUAAAUAAAAGCUUUGAUGACAAGGAUUCGUCUUUAAUGAAAAAACACUUGAAUAUCAGUAAUAAUGAAGAAAAUAUUCUUCUGAGUUGUAAAGGAUUGGCUUCGAUGUCGAAAGUGAGACAAUAUUAUGAGAGUCAAGUGAUAAACGGAGAGAAAUUCUUUUUGUGUAAAUGGCAGAGAUGUGAGUUCAAGACUAAGAAGAGUCAAAAGAUAGCACAACAUAUAAAUCUGUCUCACAUUGGAGUCGAGUUUAAGUGCAAUAAACCUAAUUGUAAUAAAGUAUUUAAGAAUCCAAACACAUAUCGAGAACACCAGAAGAAUCACAUUUGCGGGUUCGGUAUAUUUGGUUACGGAUCUAAAGGAGUGAUCGGUGUUUGUCGUAAUGAAAAUUUGAAUAGAUAUCGGGAGAGAGUGAUCAUCGACUCGAAGAAGUUUUAUCGAUGCAAAUGGGAAGACUGUAAUGCUAUUACUCGAUAUCAUAUGGCAAUGAAACGUCAUCUUCACGGUCAUGUGUGUCCUUAUCGGGUAAAUCUGAAGCUAAAACAGAACCAACAGGUGAUAAGUGAUAUGAAAUCAGAUAAUUGGAAUCUGGAUUUGGGUUUGGGUUCGGGUUCAAUACCGUCGACUUCAACGACAUCGAUGAAUGAGAUGACCGGUGCCGAAGACAUGAGCUCAUCAUCGUUGUCAGUGUCAUCUGAUUCUAACAGUGAUGCCAUACAUCAUACAAAUAAAAAUACAAUUAAGAAUAAUAAGACAACAUAUCAAUGUCGAAGACCGAAAUGUGGCCAAAGUUUUGUGUCAAAUGAAGAUCUAAUAAAACACGAAAACUUUUUGUGUGAAUUGAUUAAAAAACAAAAUAACAAUUCGAUGAAUGAAAAUAAUUUGAUGGAAAAUAUGUUAGGAAUGAGUCCGAAAAGUAUGGAUAUGAAUGAAACUAAUGGUUACACAAGUAUUAUGCAAAACACAUCGAUUGCAAACAUUGAAAUGAUGGCAAAUGUGGACAAAUAUAUUAGCAAAACAAUGACCAAUGGAGUUAUGUAUUACUUAUGUAUUUAUGAUAAUUGUCAAUACAAUUCAAAGUUAUUGGAUAAAACAAUUGAACACAUCCAGAGUCAACAUUUCGACUCAGAGCUUAACUUAUCUCUAAACGGGGCCAACAAUAACAAUAUGCAUAUAAAAAACACUUGUAUCCAAAGCAAUGGUACUAAACGAAGAAUUUCCGUUAAUUGUUCUGAAACUGAAUCUCAGGAAUCGGAGAACUUAAAAGAAAAUUCUAACAAAAGAUCUAAAACUAUAGAAAUCAUAGUUAAUGAUAGCAAUCAGUCUCCAGUUAUUACCACUUCUAUACCAUUGUCUACACCGACAGCAACUAUAACGGGUAAACCAACAGGAAUUGGCAUAAAUUCUAUUCAAUAUUCAAAGCAUACCAUCAAUGGACAGAUAUUAUUAUUCUGUGCUCACGACGGCUGCGAGUUCUUCACAAAAGCAAUGAAUGAAAUGGAAAGACAUGCGAAUGAAAUGCACACUCAGUUGUAUGUUUGCGAUGUGACCGACACUUGCGGUAAACAGUUUAGGACAGCAAUUGCCUUAACUCAACACAAAUUGAAUCAUAUCUGCGGCUUCAAUAUAAAGGGUCGCAAACCAACCGGUGUUUGUGAUUUGGAUAACAUUAGGAAAUAUAGAGAUGAAGUGGUUGUCGACAAUCGACUGAUAUAUCCGUGCAGAUGGUGUCCGGACGUAACAUUUGAUAACCGAUCAGUUGCUUUGGCACACAUUCAUAACAAACACUUGUGCCCUAACCGACUGUCCACUGGUACUCAAAAUAUACAAUCUUUUAAUCGUAAUAUUGAUCAGAGAAUUGUCGAUUCGAACCGCAAAAAGCCAAAUCAAUUGAACCAAAUUAUGAUAACAUCUGUCAAUACAAUCAAAACAAUCGAAGUAUUUGAAACAAAUGCAGAAAAGCUUUAAAGUACUUCUUUUUUUAGACGCCAUUCACAUACCAUUCAUAUUGAUAUAAAGUCUUCUCUUUUGACACCAGAUUUACAAUUAAUUUAAUUGUAAAAUUG